UUAUCAUCAAAGUAAACAUUUUAAUUAUUCAUUUUGAAUAAAAUGAAGUGUUUAUUCUCCAUCAUCAUUUUAGAAAAUUAAAUUAAAUUAAAGUUUAAAAAUUAUUUUAUUUAAUGAGGUGCUCAUCUUCCAUUUGUAGUGCUACACUGUUCCUUAAAGAAUUGGAACUUUCGUGAUUUGGUCGUUUACAGAGGUUCGUCGUUUAUAAAAUGAAGGCCAAAGGAGAGCUCAAGGAAUUUGAAGUGAUUGGAAGGAAACUUCCAAAAGAAGAUGAAACCAAUUUACCUCUUUACAAAAUGAGGAUAUUUGCCCCCGAUGGCAUUGUUGCUAAAUCAAGGUUUUGGUACUUCCUUAGGCAACUAAAGAAAUUCAAAAAAAGCACAGGAGAAAUUGUUUCUUUAAAGCAGAUUCCUGAGAAAUCUCCCACCAAGAUAAAGAACUUUGGAAUCUGGCUUCGUUAUGACUCAAGGUCUGGUACACACAACAUGUACCGUGAAUACAGGGACUUGACUGUUGGUGGAGCAGUAACUCAGUGUUACAGGGACAUGGGAGCUAGGCACAGAGCUCGAGCUCAUUCUAUUCAGAUUAUCAAAGUUGAAAUCGUGAAAGCCGCGAACUGCAGGAGACCCUUAGUGAAGCAGUUCCACGAUUCGAAAAUUAGGUUCCCUCUUCCAAAACGAAUUCAACAAAAGAAUCAACUACCUAAGUUUUCGACCAGAAAACCCAGAACAUAUUUCUUAUAAUUUCUGUCAACUGAGUUUUUAAUAAAAAUAAGAUAAUCUGUUCAUAUUUUA